CGGGGCACCAUAUUGUCGAUAAUGCUGAGCGUCCUUCUUUCUUUUUGACCACGUUCCGUGCGAGUUGUAGUUAAUAAACAUGAGCCUUACAAUUUCUAAAAAACGCAAGUUCGUGUCCGAUGGCAUGUUCAAAGCUGAAUUGAACGAGUUCCUUACUCGAGAACUCGCUGAAGAUGGUUACUCUGGUGUGGAAGUGCGAGUCACCCCAUCCCGUACUGAAAUAAUUAUUAUGGCUACCAAAACUCAACAGGUAUUGGGUGAGAAAGGCCGCCGCAUACGUGAAUUAACAGCUAUGGUACAGAAGCGUUUCAACUUCGAACCUGGUCGUAUUGAAUUAUACGCCGAAAAGGUAGCAACACGCGGUCUAUGCGCCAUUGCACAAGCUGAAUCUUUACGUUACAAACUUACUGGAGGUUUGGCUGUACGUCGUGCCUGCUAUGGUGUAUUACGUUUUAUUAUGGAAUCUGGUGCCAAGGGCUGUGAAGUUGUUGUAUCCGGUAAAUUGCGCGGACAACGUGCAAAAUCAAUGAAAUUCGUUGAUGGUCUCAUGAUUCAUUCCGGUGAUCCAUGCAAUGAUUAUGUUGAAACCGCCACUCGUCACGUAUUGUUGCGUCAAGGUGUUUUGGGUAUUAAAGUGAAAAUCAUGUUGCCUUAUGAUCCCAAAAACAAGAUUGGUCCUAAGAAACCAUUGCCAGACAAUGUUUCGGUUGUCGAACCAAAAGAGGAAAAAAUCUAUGAAACUCCAGAAACAGAAUACAAAAUGCUGCCACCCAGCAAACCUUUGGAUGAUUUGGUUGAGGCACCUAAAGCUUUGUAAAAUGUUUUUUAUUUCUUAAAUGUGAAAAAAUACAAAUAUAAUAAAAAUGUAAGAUUUU